AGAGCAGAGCGGGACUGACUGCGAGGAGGACAGAGGCGCAGACGUGUGCACAGCAGAGCACUGCAACUCCACAAAGACAAGAGAAGGAGGAGGAAGAGUUUGCAAGGGGAGAAGAAGAGAGAGAAAGAGAUUUCUUUUAUUUUUAACAUCAGCAAACUGUGGUGGAUGUCAUACCUACAUCAAAAGAAAUCUACAAGAACAAAAAGGAAUUGCUUUCUUCACAUCAAAAAGGGAAAUACUAACAGUUGUUAGAGUUUUUCUUUCUCUUCAUAUUCGCCACAAAUAGAUCAUUAUUCUAAAGGACUUGUGAGGUGGAGGAGGACUUUUGUUUUUUGCAGAGAAACAGGGAGACAAAGGUGGACAGACAGGAGAAGUGGUUUGCUGGAGAAGAUUUGGCUGCAGAAGAGGUGAACAUGCCCGAAAGAGGAGGCUGCUUUGGGGCAGGCAUGGGCAGGCUGGCAGGGCAGCCGCUCUGGAUGUGGGUGGUGAUGCUCUCUGCUCUGCUCACGGGCAGUGCCAGCGCCUGCCCAGCCCUGUGUACCUGCAGUGGCACCACAGUGGACUGCCAUGGACUGGGUAUCAAAACCAUGCCAAGGAAUAUCCCCCGCAACACUGAGAGACUGGAGCUGAAUGGGAAUAACCUCACACGCAUCACCAAGAGUGACUUCGCUGGACUCAAGUACAUCCGAGUUCUGCAGCUCAUGGAGAAUCAGAUCACUGUGAUCGAGCGUGGGGCUUUUGAUGACAUGAAGGAGCUGGAGAGACUGCGGCUGAACCGUAAUCAACUGCAGCAGCUUCCUGAGUUGCUGUUUCAGAAGAACCCUGGCCUGUCUCGACUAGAUCUGAGCGAGAACUUCAUCCAGUCCAUCCCCAGAAAAGCAUUCAGAGGAGCCACAGACAUCAAAAACCUUCAGCUGGAUAAAAACCACAUCAGCUGCAUCGAGGAUGGAGCGUUCAGAGCGCUGAGAGGCUUGGAAGUGCUAACACUGAACAACAACAACAUCAGUGGCAUCCCUGUCUCCAGCUUCAACCACAUGCCCAAACUUCGAACCUUCCGUCUCCACUCCAACAAUCUGAACUGUGACUGUCACCUGUCCUGGUUGGCACAGUGGCUCAGACAGAGGCCGACCAUCGGGCUUUUUACUCAGUGCACUACCCCGCCUGAGCUCAGAGGACUCAAUGUGGCGGAGGUUCAGAAGCACGAAUUCAGCUGCUCAGGUCAUCAGGACUCCUCCAACAUGCAGCCGUGCAGUAUCGGAGGAGGCUCCUGUCCGGCCAUGUGCACCUGCAGUAACAACAUUGUGGAUUGUAGAGGGAAAGGUCUCACUGCCAUCCCAGCCAACCUGCCCGACACCAUGGCUGAAAUACGUCUGGAGCAGAAUGGGAUUAAGUCUGUUCCGCCAGGAGCCUUCUCUCCCUACAAGAAGCUGCGUAGGAUAGACCUGAGCAACAACCAGAUCUCAGAGAUCGCUCCUGAUGCCUUCCAGGGCCUGCGCUCCCUCAACUCUCUCGUUCUGUAUGGAAAUAAGAUCACCGACCUGCCCAAGGGGGUGUUUGACGGCCUCUACGCCCUGCAACUGCUGUUGCUGAAUGCCAACAAGAUUCACUGCGUUCGUGCCAACGCCUUCCAGGACCUGCAGAAUCUGUCGUUGCUAUCACUCUAUGACAACAAGAUCCAAACCCUCGCCAAGGGCACCUUUACUUCACUAAGAGCAAUACAGACCCUUCACUUGGCACAGAACCCAUUUAUCUGUGACUGUAAUCUGAAGUGGCUGGCCGACUACCUGCGCUCCAACCCCAUUGAGACCAGCGGCGCCCGCUGCGCCAGCCCUCGCCGUCUGGCAAACAAACGUAUUGGACAGAUCAAGAGCAAGAAGUUCCGCUGCUCUGCCAAAGAGCAGUACUUCAUCCCAGGAACGGAGGACACACGCCUGAAUAACGCCUGUAACAGUGAUCCGGUCUGCCCUCCCAAAUGUCGCUGUGAGUCUAAUGUGGUGGACUGCUCCAACCUGAAGCUCACCAAGAUCCCUGAACACAUCCCGACAUCUACCAGCGAACUCCGCCUCAACAACAAUGAUAUCACCACUCUGGAGGCAACUGGAGUUUUUAAGAGUCUCUCCCAACUGAAGAAAAUUAACCUCAGCAACAACAAGAUCACAGAGAUUGAAGAUGGAGCGUUUGAAGGUGCUUCAUCCGUCAAUGAGCUCCACCUCACAGCCAAUCAGAUCGACUCGGUCAGAAGCGGGAUGUUCCGAGGCCUUGAGGGACUGCGCAUGCUUAUGCUGAGGAACAACAAGAUCAGCUGCGUCCACAACGACAGUUUCACAGGCCUGCACAACGUCCGCCUUCUGUCUCUGUACGACAACCAGCUGACCACCAUCGCUCCUGGAGCCUUCGACACCCUGCAGACUCUCUCCACCCUUAACCUCUUGGCCAACUCCUUUAACUGUGACUGCCGGCUGGCCUGGCUCGGUGAUUGGCUGAGGAGCAAAAAGAUAGUGACAGGAAACCCUCGCUGCCUGCGUCCGGGCUUCCUGAAGGAGAUCCCCCUGCAGGAUGUGGCUCUGCCUGACUUCCGCUGUGAGGAAGGCCAAGAGGAGUCAAGCUGCGUGCCCAGACCUCAGUGUCCCAGUGAAUGCACUUGCCUGGAGACUGUUGUGCGCUGCAGCAACAAGCACCUCCACACACUGCCCAAAGGCAUCCCCAGAAACGUGACUGAACUGUACCUGGAUGGAAACCAGUUCAGUGUCGUGCCAAAGGAACUAUCUGCCUUCAAAUACCUGCAGCUGGUAGACCUGAGCAACAACAAGAUCAACUCUUUGACCAACUCUUCCUUCUCCAACAUGAGCCAACUCACCACUCUAAUCCUGAGCUACAAUUCUCUUCGCUGCAUCCCCAAAAUGGCCUUCGGAGGACUGCACUCUCUGCGACUGCUGUCUCUCCAUGGCAACGAAAUCUCCGAGCUUCCCGACGGCAUCUUUAACGAUGUUGCUUCACUUUCCCACUUGGCAAUCGGUGCCAACCCACUGUACUGCGACUGUCGCCUGCGCUGGCUCUCAGACUGGGUGAAGACUGGCUACAAAGAGCCAGGUAUCGCCCGCUGUGCCGGUCCACACGGCCUUGAGGGCAAACUGCUUCUUACCACUCCUGCAAAGAAGUUUGAAUGCACAGACGUGGACAAUGCAGUCCUGGCCAAGUGUAACCCCUGCCUGUCCAGUCCCUGUCAGAACCACGGCAUCUGCCACAGUGACCCCAUGGAGAUCUACAGGUGCAGCUGUCCUCCAGGAUUCAAGGGCAAGAACUGUGAGACAGCUGUGAAUGCCUGCGUGUGUAACCCGUGUGCCAACGGAGGAACCUGCCAAGUCAAUGAGGAUGAUGAGACAGAAUACAGUUGUGUUUGUCCAAUGGGCUUUGAGGGCCCCACUUGCCAAAUCAACAUUGACGACUGUGAAGACAACGACUGCGAGAACGGAGCGACCUGCAUUGAUGGAAUCAACAACUACACUUGUUUUUGUCCCCCCUACUACACAGGGGAGAUGUGCGAAGAAAUGGAAGACGUGUGUGCUCCAGGACGAAGCCCCUGCCAACAUCAGUCUACCUGCCUCAUCACCUCCACUGGACCCAAGUGUGUGUGCGCUCCUGGUUACGUUGGUGAUGACUGCAGUUUAGACUACAAUGACUGUGAGGAGCAUCGCUGUCAGAACGGAGCUCAGUGUUUGGAUGAGCUGAAUGGAUACUCCUGCAUCUGCUCUGAAGGAUACAGUGGUCAGCUGUGUGAGGUUCCCCCGUCCCCACUGUCCCUGUGUGAGCUCGCCGACUGCCAAAACAACGCCCCCUGUGUGGAAAUAGGAGGGCGUGCGCUCUGCCAGUGUCCUCCAGAGUUUGGGGGACCUCGCUGUGAGAAGUUGGUCAGUGUCAACUUUGUGGACAGAGACUCUUACCUUCUGCUGUCUGACCUCAAGAACUGGCCUCAGGCUAACAUCACCUUGCAGGUGUCCACAGCUGAGGAUAACGGUAUCCUGCUGUACAAUGGAGACAAUGAUCAUAUCGCAGUGGAGCUCUUCCAGGGUCAUGUUAAAGUAAGCUAUGACCCCGGCAGUCAGCCAGGACACGCCAUCUACAGUACUGAGACGAUCAACGAUGGCCAGUUCCACACAGUGGAGCUGGUGACCUUCGACCAGAUGGUGAACCUGUCCAUUGACGGGGGUCUCCCCACCACAAUGGACAGCUUCGGGGCGGUGCGGCCCCUCAACGGGGAGGCUCCACUUUACGUGGGGGGAAUGCCGGUGGAUGUUCACUCGGGCACAUUCCGUCUCUGGCAGAUCCAGAACGGUUCCAGUUUCCACGGAUGCAUCCAAAACCUGUACAUCAACAAUGAGCUCCAGGACUUCACCAAGACCCAGAUGAAGCCCGGUGUGGUGCCGGGCUGCGAGCCCUGCAAGAAGAUCUACUGUGUACAUGGCAUCUGCCAGCCUGAUGGGGCCCAGGGACCUGUGUGCCAUUGCCAGCCAGGCUGGGGCGGGCCGCACUGCGACCAACCUGCUUCCAACCCCUGCCAGGGCAGCAAGUGUGUCCAUGGAAAAUGCAUCCCACUGGACCCUGAGUCGUACCGCUGCGAGUGCGUGGAGGGUUACCGCGGUGCCCUGUGUAACCAACAGGGGGAGCUGUUCAACCCCUGCCGUCGCUUGAACUGCAAACACGGUCGCUGCCAGAUCUCAGACACGGGAGAAUCCUACUGUCACUGUGAAAGUGGUUACACUGGAGAGCUCUGUGAUGCAGAGUCGGAGUGUCGAGGGGAGCCAGUGCGCAACUUCUACCAGGUACAGAGAGGCUACGCAAUCUGCCAGACAACACGCAUGGUCUCCUGGGUGGAGUGCACAGGAGUCUGCGACUCCGGCGCCUGCUGCGCCAGCCAGCGAAUGAAACGCCGGAAAUACACCUUUGAAUGCAGCGAUGGAACCUCCUUCAGCGAGGAAGUGGAAAAGACCAUCAAGUGCGGCUGUGUGGGCUGCAUGUAGCACCAUUCACUCCAUUUUCCUGCCACUGCUACCGAGCAGAAGAUAGAAGAAAGAAAGGAAGGAAGGAAGGAAGGAAGGAAGGAAGAGAGGGAACUGGAGGAACGUGAAGGAGGGAAAGAAAGAGAGUAUAAAGAAUAUAUAUAAAACCUCUAUCUAUAUAUUAUGGACAACAAUGUUUGUAAAAUAGGACAUUUCCUCCCCUUCCAAGGGUGUGUGACCUACAGUAACACAGAGAAACCAACAUCAUGAGCAACAAUGAAGAAGUGACAACAACGGCAACACAACCAUUGUAUCUGCAACAUUGUUCCAAGGAGGUCCAGAGAUUUCAAAGGUGUCGCAUUCAGAGUGAGGCAUCCUUCCAACCCAAAUUACCCAGCGUGAAUUCCCCAUCCAUCUGCAAAGCCUCUGACAGACAAACACCAUCUACCAUCUUUACUUCGUGGAGGCAGAGAGGACAGAGGGGUCGAGCCUGGCGAAGAGGAACCUUAGGAGAGGGGCAGAGAGAGAGACAGGAGAGGAACAGAGCGAUGAGAGGAGAGCUGGACCGUUUGACUUGGCAAAGCUAUCUUGAGUUGAGCUUGGCUGGGUUACCUGGACUGGACUCGAUGUGGUUUGGGUUGAGUUUAAGUGGGUGUAGCAAUUUUCUCUGCCAGGAUACAGUCAUCCAUCCACACAUGCGCAUGUAGGAGUGAAUAGAGGAAAGGUAGGGAUAGAGUGGCACAUAUUGCUGUGAGGAUGUCGUGGCUUUGAGGCCGGGCGGUCUGGUGUCACAGUUGUCUGCUGUGAGGUCGAAUUGAAACUCCAAUAAAAUAGAGACUGCACUGACUGGCAGCACUGAAAAGGACACUCAUACACCUCUCUGAAGUACAUCAUCACACAUGCAUGGUAUACAUACAUUUACAGCAAACCAACCUGGCGCUGGAGGUGUCCAGUGUUUGUCAAUCUCCCAGCAUCCAUUGCCUCAGGGUUAGGAUAAUUUGGAUAAUCCCACCCCCUUAGUGAAGAGGCCUGCUCCUUUGAUGCCUGCAGUAUUAAACUUGUGCAAACUGUUGCAUGUGUGGAGAAGAGUUUGCCAAACAAAUAUGUCAUGCUUCUUAAUAUCAUUAUAAAUGUUCUUACGAAACAAAAGGUUGCAGAAUCAUCUUCUGAUUUUUCUUUUGUUCCGUCUAAUUUCUCAUAUUGAUUUGAUUUUUGUUAUAUUUUGUCUCAUGGUGUAAUCUAACUCCUUUAGCCGUCCCAGCCCUCCCCAACAACCCUUUAUAUAGAAAUGCCUAACAGAUUCUAAUAUAUAUAUAUUUGUAUUUCAUUUUGGUAUAGUAUUUUUCUAUGUUAAAGAGUAAGUCUGUUUCUGGAAGCUUUGGGACUAGUGGAAAGGCAUUCAGUUGGUUCCUUAGGUGUUUUUAUUUGUUGAUCUCAUUUGCGCCAACAAGGUAAUUAAUUACAUAAAUUGGCCAAACAUACAGCAGCUGGUUGGCCUUGUUGUAUAGAAGGCAGUAUUGGUCUAGAAUUAUGUUUAAUAAUGUAUAUGUUGUCUUCCAUGUGAAUAUUACAUCUAAUUCAUGAGAGUCUGUGCUUGUUUUUAUUUAUUUUAUCUUAAGGUGUUUUCCUGUAGAAAGUGAAAGGCAUAAAUGGUUGCUGACUUUCAACUAUUUUCAAAAAUUUCAAAAAGAUGAAAAAAGGCAAAAUAAUGAAUAAAAAUAGCAUAAAAAUCUGUGAGGUAUUUGUAACAUCACUGAAUAGCGAGUUACGACAGUGUUUCCUUCUCUCCGGCUCAAACAUUCCUCAUUUGCUGCGUGAGCUGGAGAGAUUAGAGCUGGGAUUAAAGGACAUCCCCCCUCAAAUUGACCUUGUAAUUACCAUACCACACAUAAAAGGCUUCUGAUUGUUUUCAUGUUUCUUUUUAUUGAAGUGCUGGGCUGGAUCUCCUUUAUAAUUUGAGAGAUGUUUGCCGUAGAAAAAGAGGUGUUUUUUCGUUCGAGUUUAAAAAAAAAAGUCAAGCUCAACUGAUCAUAAGCUGCUGUCAAGCCAGAAGGAAAAGGAUGAAGUUGCUUCCUUGGACAAUUUUCAUGUCAAAGUACAUCAUCCUUCAUCUGUUCAAACAGGCGUGAAGCAUUACAUGCCUACAAGGGACAGAUUAUAUACGAGAACGGUCUGGACAUUUCAAUGUGUGUCAGUUCUGACUGGCUAUCCACACUAAAAAAGAAGACAUGGUGCCAAUUACAGAGAACACAACAGUCAAACCUGAAUGUAUAAAUGUGUAUAGAUAAAUAUGACCUAUGCUUAUUCAUGAAGUGGUAACUUUUAGCUGUUAUUUAGUUUCAAAUGUAAGAUAUAGAAAUCACAUACUGUUCAAUAAGUGACAGUCCAUCAGGAUGGCUUAAGGCAUUGUUCUCCCUGCAGACUGGGAUUGUGUUUAUCCAUUUUGCUGAUCUAAAUGUUAAAAGUCUCUUUAUAGUGUGAAAGGCUGCAGACCCAGAUCUCAGCUCGGUACAAUGCACACAAAGCCCCUACUCAUACUGCUACCCAUGUUGACUUUGUUUUACAUGCUGUUGAUGUGAUCCAGUGUUGUACAAUAGCAUUAAAAGAAGAUCUCAUUAAGGAUACUGAUGAACAGUCACUGUAAGUUUUAGGCUUUGUGCCUCAUAAAGGUGCAUAUUUAGUCCAAUGUGGCUUUCUUUUCAUGUCUCCUUUUCUUCCUCUGCACUGAUCUGUACUGGACUGGUGCAUUCAACUUCCUGGUAGACAUCUUAGUGGUGCUUGUGCUAUAUUGAGAUGUAAUUCAGUUGUCUGGUCACAUGACCAGAAACACAGAGUUUUCAUCCUAUGAACUAUAUACAUAAAUAUGUUAUUGUAAGCAACACAAUGUCUCUGUUGUAUUGAACUGGUGCAAAAACUUAAGAAAUAUCCCUGGUUGGGUUCUGUCUGUUUGUUUUAUGUUACAGGAUUGAUGGUGGGAUUAAACUGAAAACUCCCAAUAAUGCUGAAUGUAUGUAGUGCCACCGACAAAAUGUUUACCAAACCUCCACUCUUUUUCAUUAAUUAAACUUAAAUGUGUGUGCUUUUAA